UAAGGUGCAUUUCAACUCUGGGCUGUACAGAUGGACUGAAAUACCUUUAGUAGGUUAGUAGCUGCGUUACACUUGGCUAUCUGCUACAUUGGCUCGACAAUGCACACGACACGAGCAAAAAAUGCCCGCCGUGACAGCAGCAUACACGCCUUUUGUCUCAUCGGUGGCUCGGAGGAAGCGAGCGGCGAGGAAGCCUGCGUUUGCAGAGGCUGGGGGGCUGCUGGCUGGCGGGGAGCGGCAGAGCUCCGCGGCAGGGGAAGGCAGGCGCGCGCGCGCACGCCGCCUCGCCGCGCUCGAGCCGGGCUUUGGAGCUGCCGAAAGCGGGCUCCGCUCGAGCUCGCACAGACGCCAGUCGCAGCCUCCGGGAUGGUGACGUCAGGGGUUGACUGACCAAUGGGGAGGCACUGCCCUUUGGAGACCAACCAUUCGACUUGUGGCGUCUCUGCCUCAAGUCUAAAAGCAGAAGCUCAACUUUACCAGCAUCCACCUUCGAAAAUCUCCGCUUUAAACUCCGCCAGCCAAAAAACAAAAACAACAACCCCCCCCAAAAAAACAACACCCCCCCCAGCCACCACCAAGGGGGGAAUGGAGGGGAAGAGGAGAGGGAAAAAAUCACAGGACUAGCCCCCCCUUAUACACCCCUCCCCUCACCCCUCCCUCCGGGAACAAGGCCCCUCUCACUCCUGCUCUCCCCCCCCCCGCUCCAAAAAAAAAAAAAAAAGCCACCUCACUAAUUCCCAGCGCAGGAUAAUAGGCUCUAAGGUGGCUGGGGAGAGAGCGAGCGCGCGGGGGGCGAGCCGGAGGGAUCCGCUCUCUCACUCCCAAACUUUGAUGAUGACCAUGACUACGAUGGCUGACGGGCUGGAAGCGCAGGACUCCUCCAAAUCCGCCUUCAUGGAGUUCGGGCAGCAGCAGCCGCCGCAGCCGCCGCCGCCGCCGCCGCCGCAGCCCCACUCCCAGCAGAGCUCGCCGGCCAUGGCGGGCGCCCACUACCCGCUGCACUGCCUGCACUCGGCGGCCGGCUCGCACCCGCACCACCAGCACCACCACCACGGCGCGCCCUACCCGGCCAGCGGCAACUCCUACAACCCCCGCUCGCUGGCCGCCUAUCCCUACAUGAGCCACUCGCAGCACAGCCCUUACCUCCAGCCCUACCACAACAGCGGCGCGGCCAGCCAGACGCGGGCGGACGAUGCAGAUCAGCAAAAAACAACAGUGAUUGAAAACGGUGAAAUCAGAUUCAAUGGAAAAGGAAAGAAGAUACGGAAGCCUCGAACCAUUUAUUCGAGUUUACAACUUCAGGCUUUAAAUCAUCGCUUUCAGCAAACUCAGUACCUGGCACUUCCAGAGAGAGCUGAACUGGCAGCUUCCUUAGGACUUACUCAGACACAGGUGAAGAUCUGGUUUCAGAACAAACGCUCCAAGUUUAAGAAGCUGCUAAAGCAGGGCAGCAAUCCUCAUGAGAGCGACCCUCUGCCAGGCUCCGCGGCCCUGUCCCCGCGGUCUCCAGCUCUGCCUCCAGUCUGGGACGUUUCAGCUUCUGCCAAGGGAGUCAGUAUGCCUCCCAACAGCUACAUGCCUGGUUAUUCUCACUGGUAUUCUUCUCCACAUCAAGACACAAUGCAGAGACCACAGAUGAUGUGAAUUGUCCAAGAGAAAUAAUCUAUCAAGAAGCCCUAGUCUCGACAUGGCAAGCAGUCCGCUGUCUUGCCAACGGUGCCAAUUUAACAGGCUCUGUGUGAACUUGUAUGUGUGGCAAGGAGACAAGGUGGGGCUUUCGUUUUGUUUUGUUUUGUUUUUUUUCUUUUAGUAACCUCAGUGAUUGAUCUUGAACAGAAAGAGACUUUUUUUCCCCAUGCUGGCGCACAUAAGACACUUCUCUUUAGGAUAUUUUAAUUUGGACUCGAAGGAACCAGCCUCGUCGCUUUGGAGUAUACUGUCAAAGCAAACUUUUUACAGACUUUUUCCCACCAGAAGAACCUGAGUAUACCCGGCAACGUUUUUACUUGUUUAAUGAGCUAAAGAUAUUACAUGAUGAAAGGGAGGCUAUUCAAGCUCCUGCAUUUGUAUUCACCAAACCCAGACUGGAGGGGAGGGGGCGCGAAAGUGCUUGAAAAGGAAAAUAUACUGUACGAUUAAAACAUUACCACGAAGCAAAAACUGCAUGCUUUAUCAAAAUGGAAUGGACAGCAACCAAGAAGAAACCACUGUCUCUCCCUCAGAUCUCUCCCCCCAACUUCCCCCUCCCGAAGUCCCCUGAAAUCUAAGAGGGAAAAGGCAAAGGAGGAACCCACCAAAACAACCAUCCUAUGGCUUUGAAAGGUUCAGUACUUGAUUGGUGGUAUUCUCACCAAUUCACUAAGCUAUAGAGACGUUUAUAUCGAGCAACCUUUUCUGUAUAUAUUGCUGAAUUUUAGUUGUAAAUAUACUUUGUAUGUUUUUGUCUUCUUUCAUAUAUAGAGUAAAAGCCACAAAACGUU